GUUGUAUAUGUAGGGUAACUUAAUAAUAACCCAUAUGUGGGUAGCUAGGUAUCCUUUGUCUCAGAAUAAAUGGUGCGCGUUCAAUACGUCUUUUAUUUGUCAGUGGCGAACGAGGUAAAAAUAAUUCGAAAAAGACAGUGUAAUUGUGAUUCAACAAGUUUAAAACAAUGUCAGUGGGAAAGUUGCGUGAAUUUGAUAUGAAAAGUGGCAAUUGGACUGCGUAUUGCGAGCGAGUGGAGAUGUACUUCCUUGCGAACAAGGUGGAAGAUACCGUUAAGUUAGCCACGUUGAUAGCGGUCAUGGGAGAGGAGGCCUACGAGUUAUUAUCAACCUUAGCGAGUCCGAAGAAGCCCUCGGAAUUAACUUACGCGGGUGCCGUCGACUUACUUAAAAAACAUCUGCAACCUAAACCUUCUAUUUUGGCCGAACGAUAUAAAUUUCGGCAGCGACGGCAAAUGGAGGGCGAACUAGUAGCGGAUUACGUGGCAGAACUUAAAAAGUUAUCUUUACAUUGUGACUUUAAAACGACUUUAGAAGACAAUUUACGUGACCAGCUAGUGUGCGGCAUAAGAAGUGAAAAUACGCGGCAACGACUUUUCGCGGAGGACGAUAAAUUAACCUACGGCAAGGCGGUGACACUAGCGUGCACUUUGGAGGCGGCCGAACGGGAUGCCAGUGCAGUGGACCCACACCCGACCACCCCUGUCGAUGUGAACAAAAUAAACAUAAUGUUUAAAUGCAUGGCUUGUGGUGAUACUCAACAUAAAACGGAAAACUGUAAAUUCCGCAACUAUGAUUGUAGUUUCUUUUCUGUAAAAGGGUCGGUCACUUGCGGAGGAUGUGUCCUGAAAAUCAUGUUACGGGUCAAGAGCCGAGUCUGA